AUGGUGCGAUGGCAGGUGUUAGCGGUGGCAGGUGCUAAGACCGAGCAGAGGGACCAGGGUAUAAAGAAUGCGGAAUGCGCCGACGCCUCUUCUGCCUCUCUGCUCGAAGCGCCGCCGCGGGUGCCGCCGACACGGAGCGGUGUCUGUGUGUCGGGUUUUCUAUACCCGCACCAGUGCAGCCGCGAUGCUUGUGGCCCUCCAUGCCCGUUAUCUGUGCCCGGGCGCCUACGCCCACACAGAGGCCUGGCGGAUGUCCCUGCCGAUGGAGCAACGGCGGGCACAUCUCUGCGGCCAGAGGUUUCGCCCGACGGCGGCGACAGCGAUAAGCGGCAGGUCCCGGCACCGGGCUGUGAACAAAGACGCAGGGUUGGGGACGGCGGCAGGCGCGGUAGUGGGGACGAAGCAUCCCGGAGGCGAGAGGAGAGAGAAAGGCCGUCGAGGCUGGGGGGCCGACCUGGUGCCACGUGCUGCGUGGAGGCGGGCGAAAGAAGGGGAGGGCAGCCGCCGCCGAACGCUCUUUCCCAAUACGCCGUGCACCCCUCGCAACCCCUGCCCGGCUGCCGGCCGGCUGCCUGCCAGCUCGCCAAGGCCGGGCUGCUCUGCGUCUGUCCGCUCUGUGUCACCGGCCCCACGCUGCACGCGCCGCCGCCUGCCAUCCCCCUCAUCAAGGCCUCCUUCCCCCCCUUCGGCUCCCAGUACUGCCACUCGCCCCUGGCCCGCCAGCAGCACUCUGUCUCCGCCGUCAGCGUCGGGCACGCACCGGCGCUCUACCAGGGCGCCUACCCGCUGCCAGACCCCCGUCAGUUCCACUGCAUCUCCGUGGACAACACGUCCAGCCAGCUGCCCAGCAGCAAGCGGAUGCGCACCGCCUUCACCAGCACACAGCUCCUGGAGCUGGAGAGGGAGUUCGCCUCGAACAUGUACCUCUCCCGGCUGCGGCGAAUCGAGAUCGCCACCUACCUGAACCUCUCCGAGAAGCAGGUGAAGAUCUGGUUCCAGAACCGACGGGUCAAGCACAAGAAAGAAGGCAAAAGUAGCUCACACCGGGGCGGGGGGAGCGGCCACAGCUGCAAAUGUUCAUCCCUUUCCACCAUCAAAUGCUCGGAAGACGACGAGGACUUGCGCAUGUCUCCGUCCUCCUCGGGGAAGGACGACAGAGGUCUCGCAGUCACGCCCUAG